AUGAACAUCCUAUACCUUACCUCGGGGGCCGGGGCUACUGGAAAUGAACUCUGGAUAGUGGAUAUUGGGGAGCCGGAAUCGAAAUAUAAGGUUCUUACUUUUAAGGGGAAAGUGAAGGAGCUGAAAGUGGGCAUGAAUACAGGAGGCCGCAUUAGGUUCGCCGUGACUGGCACUGCAAAUGUCAAUACCGGCGCUAUGGUAAGCGUGAAAAAGAGAAAAUUCUGGCAUUCGGGUCGGACAUAUAAUUCACUAUUUGUUCGACAUUGGGACAGGUAUAUGAGUGAGGAUGAGAACAACGCUAUAUUUGUUGGAACACUUGAGAAGAGGAACAAAGGAGGUAGAUACCGGUAUAUCAAAGCAAGCCUUCGUAGUAUUUCGGCUGCUUAUCACGGCCUCCAAGGUCUGGUGCCUCUGGGCCUUGAAUCGCCCGUUGGUCCGCAAGGAGGUGCUAGUGAUUUCGAAAUAUCUGAUGAUGGGAAAUGGGCUGUGUUUGUGGCCAAAGACCCUACUAUCAAUCAGGCGAUGUGGACUACUACCUACGUAUACUUGGUCGGGCUCGACGAUCCUAAUAGGCCGCCAUAUCCCAUCAAUGCUCCAGCGGAGGGAUCCUGUCGUCUUGGGGCAUCAUCUUCACCAGUAUUUCUGAAUGGGGGGGAAGAUGGAUCAAACCCUACUAUAUAUUACUUGCAACAGUUCGAGAAUGGAUACGAGGCGGACAGAUGGAGGAUUAUGAAAUAUGCCGUGCCAGCAACUGUAGAAGUCAAUGAGACCAAGCCGGUCGCUAUACAAGAGGACUGGGAGUUUUCUCCAGAUGCUCUUGUUGUGGGUGGCUCACAAGUUAUGGCUCUCACAGAAGUACACGGACGCACUAGGCUCUGGCAAAUUGAGGAGGUAGAGGAGCCGAUUCCUUGGACUGGACGUGAACAUGGCUCAAUCUCGGCCGUACACACAUUACCUGAUCAGAGGCUACUAUUGACUUCUUCCAGCAUGGCCCACCCGCCGUUUUACACCAUUCUAGACCUGAUAAAGAAUGAGACGAAGCUCAUCCUUGGUCCUGAGUCAAUACCGAAGCCAAUAGGGGAGCUCGAGCAUGACAAUGUAGAAGAGUUUUGGUUUGAAGGGGAUAAUAACAAACAGGUGCAUAGUUUGUUGGUUAAACCGAGUCACUUAAAGCCCCAAGAGAAAUACCCUCUUGCACUUAUCAUUCAUGGAGGCCCGCAAAGUUCCUGGAAGGAUUACUGGAAUAUCAAAUUGAAUCCCAAGAUUUUCGCUGAACACGGAUAUGUGGUUGUUGCGAUUAAUCCCACCGGAAGCGUUGGGUAUGGCCAAGAUUUUACAGAUGCAAUCAAGAACAACUGGGGUGGAUCUCCUUACAUCGACCUUAUGAAAGGCUAUGACUACGCUAUAAAAAAUUUCCUCUUUAUAGGUGGGUAUAUGACAAACUGGAUCCAAGGUCACGAUUUUGGUCGGAAAUUCAAAGCUUUGAUCUGUCAUGACGGAAUUUUUUCAACUCCUGGAAUGUACGGUUCCGAAGAGCUGUGGUUCACCCACCAUGAGUUCAACGGAACCUUGUGGGAAGCGAAAGGGAGCUUCGAUAAGUAUAAUCCGGCACGCUUUGCGGAUAAAUUGGCGACACCGCAAUUGAUUAUUCACAAUGAUCUCGACUAUCGUAUUCCUGUGUCUGAAGGUCUUGCUGCUUUCAACGUUCUCCAAGUUAAGGGAAUACCUAGUAGAUUUGUAACGUUCUUGGACGAGGGACAUGUUGUCCAAAAGAGUGAGAACAACUACAAGUGGUUGAAUGAAAUCGUCGACUGGAUGAAUACCUGGACAGAUGCCAAAAACCCAGCAGUCCCUAUCCGGACGGAUACCUCUGCAGACCCCAAAGGUGUAAGCCCGACAACGGGUAGCCAUACGCCACAAAACGGCAAAGUCCGGCUGGCUGUUGGGAAUGACGAUACAUGGUGA